AUGGAUCCUGCCCUAGAAUUCUCCCCAGAACCCGACUUACACCCCUUGCACCCCACAAUACCUAAUAUCGCGCUUCUGCUCUCUAGUCACUCAGGGUUAGCGCCAUCCCAGAAGGCAGAGCUUGUUACGCACUGCUUAACGCGUGCUUGCGUCUUUGGCGACUUGCAAGUACUUUCGUAUCUCAUAUCAGACUCGCAGGCGCAGGCGUUUGUUGAUCUUGGGAUCCGCGACGAUGAAGGCCUUGGCCUUGUCAGCUUAACCAUCCAUGGUUUCGGGUCAGAGUCGGACAAGGAUGUGGAGAGGGAAGAGUGUGUUAGACUGCUCGUCUCCCAAGGUGGCAGCCUGGUUGCCGACGAAGCUGGCUGGACACCACUUCAUCAUGCUGCUUUACUCUCCCCACCUACCCUGAUAUCAUAUCUCAUGACACACGGUUGCUCUCCUUUUGAUCGGACGCGCCGUGGACUUAUGCCUCUCGACAUUGUGACUGCGCAUUCAAUGCUUCCAGGUCGCGACGAUGUUGCGCUAUUGCUCGAAGAAGCUAUGCGCAGUGAAGGCUGGACCGGUGGAAAGAUGGAACAACACCGUCGACAGGUAGAGCGGCGAAUACGGAAGAAGCAACAACGGCAACAUAUACAAGAUGAUGUUGCUCACGUACUCGACUUACCCCCCAAGUGGUGGGGUCCAAGUGCAGACUCCUCAUCUACUGACUCCGACUCUUCUGAUGAGGAAGACGACAUCAAUAAUUCAGGCAUAUAUACUCCACCAGUCGACUACGCGUCAAUGCUUGUCUUCUCCCCCAUGUCGCUCCCACAUAUCUUCGAUUCAAUCAUCACUUCAUACCAACCAUCCUUGGGUGACGCCCAACCUGCGAAUGUCUUAUACAUGUUGGCAAGGUUCGCAUGCCUGACGUGCGAUCACACUUGGCUAGAGGACCUCAUAAUAGGCGCCACAGAUGCCAUUGAAGAAACCUUCUUCAAUCAAGGGGACGAUAUCACCUGCUUAGUCUUCUGGUUGUAUAAUACCACCAUCUGGCUCCACCUCAUGCAGUGUGACAACUCGAUAAACGAAGCUUGUCAGAUGCUUGGCUCCUUUGAGCUUAUAGAGGAAGUCAUAAACUCGGUUUUUGUGUUCAUCAUUCGAUUUGCUGAACGCAAGAUUGAUCAGCUGUUGGAUGCCACUCUGCUGGAAUACAAGCCCCUCGCUUCUGACCUAGAUUCCGUUCAGUUUGAGUCGGACUGGGCAUUCCUUCGGGCUUUCAGCUCCAAGAAGAGAUCGCAUACGGUCACUCCUUCAGCAAGCGCGUCCCCCUUGCGAACUUCUACAUCGCCUACCCGAGUAGAGUCUCCAGCACCCUCACCUUCUGCAAUGCAAGCGUCGCCCUCAGUACCAAAAGGCUUUUCAUCCCUACGACACAGCUUUUCUCGGGUGGGCUCUUCAACGACACCGAUUCAAUCAAUGUUCCCCGAAUCGCCUCCGGCUCCAUCACCAAAUGACCUAACUUCGUUUCUCACUGCUCUUCAAACACUCCUUGUGCUAUCGGGCAUCAACCCCGCGUUCAGUACUCAGCUCUGGUCACAGAUAAUGUAUUGGACCUCUUGCGAAGUCUUUAAUCGAAUUUUAACCCGCAAGAAGUAUAUAUGCCGUUCUCGAGCUACUCAGAUCGCCAUGAAUCUUAGCGUACUAGAAGACUGGGUAGAUGGCAUGGGCCUACCUAGAGGUGUUCGGUCUCACUUUGCCCCUGUUCGCGAUUUGUUGCAAUGGCUUCAAUGCCUUUCGUCGAUAACAGAUUUCCCCGUCCUCAUAGAAAUCAUUCAGGAAAUGAAAUGCAUCAAUCCUCUCCAGAUGCGACGGGCGAUACGCGACUAUAAAUAUGAAGUUAACGAGGGGCGGAUGACCGAGGAAUGCAUUCAGUAUUUGACGCAGCUACAGAAAGAUUGGGAGCGCCAUCGAGUCAAACUCGGAGUGGAGGCUUUACGGAAAGAGAUUGACGAACGAGAUCGCGACCGUGAGAGCAUUUCCUCCAUGCAAGAUACGUUGGAGGAUUCAAGGUCGGCACCAUCAAUACGUUCUAUCUCCUCGUCAACGUCAGGCAGCCAGCAUGGCGUUGAUAUCCUUUUUGAUAAGACCAGAGAUAAAUCCGUAUGGGAACCUGAGAAGGCCCCUCAAGUUCUGGGAGAACUACUCGAUUCAAGAUACAUGCUCCCACUACUCUUCCCAUCUGAUCCACGCCUGCUGGCAGCCCUGCCAGGCAGGUUGAGCGACCACAAGGACCGUAAAUCCGAGUCAGGAAGAGGCUACACUUCACCAAGAACACCUGACGCCUCUUCGAAUCCUCGUCGCGGCUCCAUGUCCUGGAGAUCACGGAACAAAAAGAUCCGUGAAGUGGGAAUAGAUGUUCUCCAGUGGGUAGAUGGCAUCCCAUCUGCUGCUCGAUGGGCCAAGCUGGCAGAAGCUGAUGAAGAAGAGAACUCCCCAACAUAUGACACCGCCGACGUGGAAACUCCAUAUGGCGAGGAGCUGACAAUUCGGACAAACGUCGUGCCCCUUACGCGACAGCCUUCCGGACGCAGCAAAGGACGAGCCAGUAUGAAUGGUGAACUCACUCCUGUCGAGUGA